AUGAUAAAAACAUUGAGUGAAUCGAGUAUCCGUGGGGUCUAUAAAACAAAUAUGGUACAUUUCUCAACCGUGGCAAUUGAGGGGCGAAACCAAUGCGUGGGACGUGCGGGUAAAAACACGCAAUACUGUGUGUGCAACUCGACCAACUGCGACGACCUAGCACCUUUAACAAAACAACCGGUGGGCGCAGUGCUAUCCUAUCAGACCAGUCAAAGUGGCGAUCGAUUCAAAGAGAUCAAACACCAAUUCACCAAGACUGAAAACAGUAAUGACCAAGCGGAUACUGUGGUGCUAACAGUGGACAGGACUAAACGGCACCAGAAAAUCAAUGGUAUCGGCGCGGCGUUCACCGACGCGGCCACCAUUAACAUUGGUAGUCUACCCGAGCCUAUGACCAAACGGCUUAUUAAUGACUACUUCGGACCGACGGGUAUUGAGUUCAGUGUCGCCCGCAUUCCCAUUGCCAGCUCAGACUUCUCCACCCAUACCUAUACCUAUGACGACCUCCAGAGCCCCGGCAUGACUGAGGAUGACUACGAGCUCAAGCAUUUUGCGUUAGUUCAGGAGGAUCUCGAUUAUAAGAUACCACAAAUUAAGCUGGCUAAAUCUGUGGCCCAAAACGGGCUUAAGCUGUUCGCCAGCCCGUGGGUCACUCCCUCGUGGUUAAAUGAUAAAGAAUUUUUACAAAAGAACCCUGAUAAACAUUAUCACACCUGGGCCAAUUAUUUUGUCAAAUUCCUGGACGCUUAUAAACAACACGGGGUGGAGAUGUGGGGCCUGACAAUGCAAAACGAGCCCAAAUCGUUUAGCUCAAUGAACUUUGUGGACCCUAAAGUAGAGCGCGACUUUGUAAAAAAGCAUCUUGGUCCCGCAUUAGCUAAAGCUGGCUACGGUAAAGACAAAUUGAACUUGAUGCUGUAUGAUGAGGGCCACGAGCUAAACCCGAUGGUACCCUACGUGGACACCUCCCUCGAUGACCCCGAAACUGCCAAAUAUAUAUCCGGUGUUGCCUACCAUUGCUAUCUGCCCAAGAAUACCGAUGCUGUGGAUCAGGUGCACGCCAAACACCCUGAUCAAUUUAUGCUGUUGAGCGAGUGUUGUCAAAAUUUCCGUAAAAACACGGACCCAUACACACCGGCAUCACUGGGCGACUGGAAUCAGGCCAAGGAUUACGCCCAUAAUGUUAUGAAUACACUAUCGCAUUGGGUUAGCGGUUGGGUGGAGUGGAAUCUGGCGCUAGACUUAUACGGACACCCGAACCGAGACUGGAAAAUGGCUGACGCGCCCCUCUUGGUUGAUGUGCCCAACAAACAGUACUUCAAAAAUCCUAAUUUCUACGUGCUAGGUCAUUUUAGUAAAUUCAUCACGCCCGAUUCGGUUCGGGUCGACUUGACAGCUAGUAAAAUACCCGGCGGAGAGUUUGGUCACAUAGCCUUUGAACGGCCAGAUAAGUCGGUGGCGAUAGUGGUGUUUAAUAUGGCAAAUAACCCUGUUGAUAUUACCGUAAAGGAUCCCCAGCAUGGCAGUUUUAACGCACAAUUACCCGCUAACUCUAUCCAGUCGUAUGUGUACUGGAAUUGA